GAAUCGCAGGCUGCGACAGCGUAAAACAACUACAGACUUUGAUAUAUUUUAUGAGAUUCAAAAAACGAGAUGCAUCAGGAUGCUUUUAUCGAAUUGCGCAGCGCGCGAUAGGCGUCGGGGCUCAGGUGACCCUCAACAGCUUGACCCUCAACACGACAACAGCCUCCGCGCGCCAGCGGGGCGCGCUUGCGGCGCCUAGAGGGUGGCCGGGGCUAAGGACACGCUGCCUGCACCGAGCAGCGUGUCAAGUUCCGCCGGCAGCUCCAUCAGUGCAGCGUCCAGCACUAGCGAUUACGUGGGGGCUUCGCAGCAGACAUGCUUGCCAAGUGGCCUUCAGCUGCACUUCGCAGCUUCGCCAAGCAUGUCGAUGCGUUCGGCUUCGCCCUCAGCACUACAGCUGUUAUGUCGAGCAAUUUGAGCAAUUUCUACACCUGGUGUAGAAUGGGCGGCCUACACCAUGUGUGGAAGUCGAGGUGUGCGCAAGGUGAAAUGGGACCUCAGCGUGUUCCGCCCACAUGGACAAUCGUUUGCAUAUGGUGUGCGCCGUGCCUGCCUUGCUCCUGUCGACCUGCCCCGCCUCUCGGGACGCCUUAGCAUUGCAAUCCACAGCCUGGACUCCUUGAGUCACAAUUGCCUGGUUUUGUCAAAUUAGGAUUAUAUAAUAUUCCGCUGUGUUAAAAUAGGUUAGGCAGGCCAACACAAAGCUGGCUAGUUUGACUCCCACUUGACUUGAAGCCAAAACACGAUGGCCGCGCAACCUUUUAUCGGGUCCUUUGAGUUUCCUGUCGGAGCUAAUGUUGUAUGGAAACACGGAGGCGCUGUGGACCCUGCAGCUGUCACGCCCACGCUGAAGGCCGACGUCCUCCUUGUGUACCACCAGAUACUCGCGCUCAAAGGUGCCGACGGACGUAACGUGGACAUGGCGCGCAUUGAGGGCAUGUUCAAGGACUUCAAGGCUGAGCUCAUGGAGACCCUCAAGGAGACCACGGACUGCGUUAAGAAGGUGGAGGCGAGCCAGCAGAAGCUGGAGGCGAGCCAGCAGAAGCUGGAGGCGAGCCAGCAGCAGCUCAACGUGAGCGUGCAGCGGCUGGAGGCGCAGGUGGCAGCUAGCAGCCACAACGCCUACGCGCGAGUGUGCAACAGCAGGGCGGGCGCCACCGAGCCACUGCAGCCGCUUGUGCGGGAGAAGGCGCCCUCGCAGGCCACCGACCCGGCGGUGGGAAGCCGCCCGCCGGGCGACUGCUUCCCGGCGACCCGAAACGAUGUCCUGCAGCUCAAACACGAGGCGUUCAAAGUGCUGGCGGCCUUCUACGGCAAUGACUUUGGGGGCAGCAACGCGAUCCUUCCUGUUCGCUGCCGCUGCUUCGGUGACUUCAUUGGCGUGACGGGCCUGUGAGAGUCAUAUGGUACCUAUGUAGGUGUAGGAACGCUUCAUGCUUCUGUGUAUUCCGUGCAUUCCGUCUAAGAUGUAUGAAACAGGCUACGUGUUGAAGGCUGGACGCUCAGAGGGCAGGGAGUGGAUGUUUCAGUACCUGUGCAGCAGGGUGUGUAGAUUUUUGUUAUCACCCCGGUCCGUGCGGUGCUCUCCGCCUGCGGCGGAACGUGAAUAGCGCGCGCAUGACCCCUACAUUGCAUCCCCGGGGCAUGUGGGUGCGGCUGUGGCUGUGUGUUUGGCCUACUGCUGGGCUUUGCGUUACGUGGACGUACGUUGUUGCGAGACUUGCCGAGUGCUUGGGCGUUUGUGUGGGGCGAGGAGGUGAUUGCAGACUGACGAUGCUUGGAAUUAACCUCUAGGGAACCUCCCUAGAGGCGUUUCCAAGCCGGAGGGGAGCAGCACCGAGAACGUGUAUGCGGGGGGUGGCUGGGGUUCGGGGGUGCUGAAGUUACGUGUGGGGCAGUUAACGCGGCGCGGUUCGUGGCUGCGUCGGCAAAAAGUAUCAUACUGGCACAAACCGUGACUGCCACGUAUUAGUAUUUGCUAUUGCCUAUUGCAUGUAAAUAGGCGACAGCGAGAAGUGCCUUCGCGCGUCCAUGGACAAACGACUGCUUGACGACCUGGGUGAUGAACGCGCAUGUGCGGGGGUGGCCGGGCACUGGGAACGGAUAGAUAGACAGGUUGACGGUUGGGCCAGCUCAUGUGCGCUCUCGAACGUGUAUGCGGGGGGUGGCUGGGGUUCGGGGGUGCUGAAGUUACCGAUUUUAAGGUGGGCGGGGGGCGCUGGGUGCUACUGAUGGAUAUCGAUUCGAGCUAAUGCCACAGGUUGGCGGCGAAGGCUACCAAAGGGUCACUGACAAGACAAGAAAAGGUGGCUCUCCCUCGCAAGGGA